CAUGCAACAGACGCGCGCUCUACGCGGGAGCGUGAAUUCCACGAGACUUCGAUCCUCUCUCUCUCUUCUGUGGGGUUUACUUUUCUCUCUCUUUACCUUUCCUCUCCCUAGAGAGACAGAGAGCGAGUCGUCCAUUUUUAAACGAAGGCGGCCGUUGCUGUCGCCAUGUUAGAUGUCAUGCCUCCCUCCUCCUCUUUUCUUCCUCUUCUUCUUCUACUUCGUCUUCGUCUUCCUCUUCUUAUGUCUUUCUCCUCCUUCUCCUUCUUCGGCUGCACAUACCGACCCCGACGGUAGCCUCGUCAACCCUAAUCCAAGCGUUCCUGAUUCUCCCAACGUCUUGUGGUUGCUUCCGCUUCUCUUUCGUCUCUGACUUUUGAAAAAAGUUCCUUCUUUCUCUUGCUUCGUUGCGGUGUGGGGAGGGAGGAUGUCGCCGGGGCGCGGUUCUCUCCUCGCCGGGUUCCUUUUUAUGUUCGUGGCUCCCUUCGCCGUGGCGGAUUCUGCAUUCCCCAUGACGCUGACGCUGCAGCGGGCUUUUCCGGCAGGCGGAGGGGAGGAGUUGGAGGCGGCCAGGGCGAGGGACAUGGCGCGUCACCGUCGGAUGCUGCAGAAUGUCGUUGAUUUUCCCGUCGGUGGCUCCGGUGAUCCGUUCAGUGUCGGGCUUUAUUAUACGACCGUGAAGCUUGGAAAUCCUCCGGUGGACUACCACGUGCAGAUAGACACAGGAAGUGAUAUACUGUGGGUUACUUGUAAUCCGUGCAGCGGUUGCCCCAGUUCAAGCGGAUUAAGCAGCAUUACACUUAGGUUGUAUGACCCACAAAAGUCAUCAGCCUCAUCCAUAAUAUCUUGUUCAGACUCAAGGUGUGUUUCAGCUAUAGAGACUGCAGAGGCAAGAUGCGAGUCUCAGAACUGCGGUUACACCUUUCAGUAUGGCGAUGGCAGUGGAACUACUGGAUAUUAUGUGUCAGAUACUUUAUCCUUUAAUACAGUGGUGGCAAAUGAUGCCACCUCAAAUUCUUCAGCAACAAUUACGUUUGGAUGUAGCAGUACUGUCUCUGGUGACUUGACAAAGUCGGACAGGGCUGUUGAUGGUAUACUGGGCUUUGGGCAAAAUCAUCUCUCUGUGAUUUCCCAAUUGGCAUCACAAAAUCUAGCACCAAAAGCUUUCUCACAUUGUCUGAGAGGUUCACAAAGUGGUGGUGGCAUUUUGGUUCUUGGAAAGGUUGUCGAUCCGAGCAUAGUCUAUACUCCUCUUGUACCAUCAAUGCCUCACUACAACUUGUAUCUAGAAAGUAUUUCUGUUAAUGGGCAAACACUGUCCAUUGACUCAUCAGUUUUUGCAACAGCAUCUACUAGUGGAACCAUAAUCGAUUCUGGAACAACGCUGGCAUACAUUGCAGAGCAAGCUUAUGAUGUAUUUAUUACUGCUAUCUCUUCAUAUGCUUUGGGAAAGCUUGAAUCAUUUAAUUCAAAAGGAGCUAACCAGUGCUUCUUGGUUGUGGGCAGUGUUGAAGAUGCCUUCCCUCCAGUUUCAUUAAACUUCAAAGGUGCUUCAAUGGUAUUAAAGCCUCAAGAUUACCUUCUUGAUCAAGGCUCAGUUAGUGGUGCUACAGUAUGGUGCAUUGGGUGGCAGAAGAUGCAAGGAUCAAUGACAAUCUUGGGAGAUAUUGUCUUAAAGGACAAAAUAUUUGUUUAUGACCUAGAAGGACAGCAAGUUGGGUGGACUAACUACGACUGCACCAGGGCAGUGAACGUCUCUUCAUCGUCUGGAAAGAGUGCUUUCGUUCAAGACAAUUCUGGACAAACCAGUGCUAGUGGAAGCACACGACGUUUGUCAUUUGAUAAUCUGAUCUUCUAUACCAUUCUGAUCGGCUUUCUGCAUGCUUUUCUCGGUUCCAAUUUUUUGUAUUCUUGUACAAAAUCAAUUCUUUAUUGAGAUACUGUCGUAGCAGUGAUAUAAAUAUAUUUACCUCUCCAGGUUGAUUCAAAUUACAUUUUUGUCUGGGCUGUAUAUUAAUAAAAAUGCACCAUUUUGUACC